GAGUAAAUUUCUGUAGCUUCACUUGAUGAUUUCAUGUGUACAGGAAACAAUGUGCCCAGCAGCAAGGACGGAGUUCUAUGGGCGGCCGGCGGGGAUGACUGCGGGACGGCACCAGACGAAACGGACACGCUGUCCGACCCCGGGGCUGGUGGGGACAAGCUGGAGGGGACGGACUCAGCUCAGGACGACACUCUUCACCUCCAGAGACGGGUGGGACUCUUCAGUGGGGUGGCUCUAAUUGUUGGAACCAUGAUCGGGUCUGGGAUAUUCGUGUCGCCAUCCGGCUUGCUGAUCCGAACUGGGUCUGUCGGGAUGAGUUUUGUCAUCUGGAUCGCGUGUGGCGUCCUGUCGCUGUUAGGUGCUCUGGCCUAUGCUGAGUUGGGUACUAUGAACACUAGCAGUGGAGCGGAGUAUGCAUACUUCAUGGAUGCGUUUGGACCACUUCCAGCGUUCCUCUUCUCCUGGGUCUCCACUCUGGUACUGAAACCCUCUCAAAUGGCCAUCAUCUGCCUCAGCUUUGCCAAGUAUGCUGUCGAAGCAUUUGUUACUGAGUGUGAGCCGCCUGAGACCGUUGUCAAACUGGUCUCAGUACUUGCCAUUUUGGUAAUAAUGUACAUCAACUGCUACAGUGUCAACCUAGCAACAGGAGUGAUGAAUGUGUUCACAGCAGCAAAGCUUGUGGCUAUCCUCAUUGUAAUUGUGGGAGGAUUGUGGAAAUUUCUAGAAGGUAACACCCAAAAUAUAGAACAGCCAUUUCAAGGCACAACAUCAUCAUUUGGGAACGUUGCAACAGCCUUUUACACUGGCCUUUGGGCAUACGACGGCUGGAAUAACCUAAACUAUGUCACAGAAGAAAUAAAAAAUCCAUCAAAGAACCUACCGCGGGCAAUAAUCAUCGGAAUCCCUCUGGUGACUGUUUGCUACGUGCUGAUAAACAUCUCCUACCUGGCCGUGAUGUCUCCCGCAGAGAUGGUAGAGUCAGAGGCAGUUGCCGUUACUUUUGGUAACCGUAUCCUGGGUGUAAUGGCAUGGCUGAUACCAUUAUCUGUUACAAUCUCUACUUUUGGCUCUGCCAAUGGAACACUUUUUGCUGCAGGAAGGUUAUGUUUUGCUGCCAGCCGAGAAGGUCACUUAAUGGGCAUUUUGUCAUUUGUCCAUAUCAGGCGGAUGACUCCUGCUCCCGGACUCAUAUUCCAUUCAAUAAUAGCAAUAGCCAUGGUCCUGUCAGGGACAAUAGACUCUCUGAUAGACUUCUUCAGUUUUACAGCUUGGAUCUUCUACGGAGGAGCAAUGCUGGCUCUUAUCGUCAUGAGAUUCACCAGGCCAAACUUUCCAAGGCCCUACAAGGUGCCAAUUAUCAUUCCUGUGUUGGUGCUGGUGAUCUCUACAUAUCUGAUUAUAGCCCCUAUAAUAGACACUCCCCAAGUGGAGUACCUCUACGCUUGUCUCUUCAUCGUUGCUGGACUUGUCUUCUAUGUUCCCUUCGUACACUACCAGUACAACCCUUCUCUCAUGGAGUGGCCGAAUGUUUUGCCUCCCACUGCCAGCUCCCCUGGGGCACGUGGCAGCUCAUCGUUGCGACAGUUUCACCGUUUUCUGUCAGAUGCUCCUAGAAGUGGCCCCAACCCAGACUGUGGUCUACGAUUAGGACAAAUUAUGUUUAACCACUCAAUGUCUAAACUUAUUACUUUAUUAGUUUAAAACAUAGGAAUAGAAAGGAUGGUUCAGUACGGUUUAUUCACAGACAUGGAUAAAUAAUUGUAAAUUGGAAUAAAAAUUAUUCAAAAAUGUUUUAUGCAUUUAAACCAAUAAGUUUGAUAUUUAUAUUUUGUAUAAAAUAAAGAGUUUCUAAUGAUUAACUAUCAAACUGCCUGCUCAAUUUUUAGAAAAAUGAAAUAAAGUUAACAGAACCUCGUAUUGUUGCAGUAUUUAAAUUAUUUAUUUUUAUAAUACGAGAUUAGUUUUGAUAAUAAAUACAACUUUACCAUAAACUAAAUCAAACUCAAUUACACCUCAUGCAAAAUUUGAAACAAACUACAUAUAUACUAACUUUUAAAAAUUUAACACUAUUUUAUUGUUAGUACAAACUGACUACAUGCUACAGGUACAUACUGUGAUAACAAGAAUGAUUACAAUUUUGAAAACUUAGGCACAAAAAGACCAGAACUUUAACUAUGAAUGCAAAAUGACCAGUAUAUAUCUAAUGUGAUAAAAAUAGUUCUCUACGUUCAAUUUGUGUGAUUAUAACGGAAUAAUAACACAGGGUUAUUUUGGCUGGAUACACGAAACUGUUAAAUAAAGAAUUUUUCUCUUUCUGGAGUAUAAAUUACAAACACAACACAUUUUUGCGAUCUUACAACAUUCCUCGUCUCAGUGAAAUAAACAUUAGAGUUGACUGUUCUCUUGAAAAAAUUGUAAAAGCUACCAAGUACAAAACAAACAUUAUAUAUUUCUUACUAUUUAUACUGAAUCUGAAAAAACUUUCUAUACAAAAUAAUGUAAUAUUAUAAAAAUGGCAUGGUGAAAAUGACCAAUUACAAAAAUCUACGAAUCUAUUAACUUUACCAAAUUAUAGGCUGAAACUCUUACUAAUGUCAAGCCCUUUUAUAUGAAAAUAUUGUGGGUUCAUAUUGAAUAUGUUGUAGCUUUUUAUUUAGAAUCUUACUAAUAAUUUCACGCAGAGAAGUAAAAAAUAGUGUUGCACAAUAAAAUCUAAUUUGGAUUUUGUUUGUUUCAUCAAUGAAAAAUAUACUAUAUGCCUGACAGUGCUUUUCAGCUUAGAAGUGCCUUUAUAAUUAAUUAUUCAUAAACUAAAUUAAUGAAAUACAUUGAUCAGGAUUUGUUUAUUCACCAUUGAGAAAAAACCCAAAUUAAAAUUUUUGUUGUACGGACAAGACGGAAAAAUUACCAUAAUAAAAUUACAUCCAUUUUACAUUCAAAAUAAAUAAAGCUCAAAGAGAACAUCACUUCAGAAGGAGAAAUAAGGAAGUUGUUAACUUUACACUGUGAUGAACAAUAUCCAUCUUAAGCAAUGCAUAGAAUAUAUAUACUCUUAGUUAGUCUAAUUGUUGCUUUGUGUCUGUCUCUAUGUACUGAAUUUUUCUGUAAUUUUAAGUCAAUUUCUUUUGGACUAAACAAUAUUAUUUUUAAGUUCCUUAUGAAAGUUUAGAUAAAGUGAGUAGAUUUUAUAAUGAUAUUUUUUAUAAUUAGUUACUAUGAUGAGAACCGUUGUUACCAAAAUUUAAUUAUGGUUUGCUGUAGAUAAACUGUUACAGCACUAAUGACAAUGCACUUUCUAGUGUAUAAGUUGUUUGAUAGAAUUAUAAUUUUGUUACAGAAAAUGUUAUAUUAUUUCUACUAAAUGAUUUUGUUAUUA